AUGCUGAAUUGUAAUCCUUUGACUCCAAACUUGCAGUACAGUCCCCACGGUGCAGUGACUAUCGCGUCAAGCUCUUCCAUCGCGUUCGUUCAGAAUGGACAGACGUUCUCCUGCGGAUCGAGUCUGCAAGCAGGAGGUCAGGCCACUGUGAGCUUUUCCAACCCUGGGAGGCAGUAUCUUGUAGACGUCCUCUUCUCUUCCUCCGGUACUCCCAUCAGCGGCGGGAGCUGCGGCGGCACAAGGAUCAUCAACAGCAACCCUACCAUCAGUGUCCCUGCGUCAGGAACCAUCACCAUCAGAGCUGCCUGGGCCUCAAGCUCCGGGGGCAGAAUCAUGAGAACAGCUGAUUGCACGUUUCAAGUACAAAGCUCUUCGUCCUCGUCCUCGUCCUCGUCCUCGUCCUCGUCCUCGUCCUCCUCAACAACUACCUCCUCUUCAUCUCCAGCUUCUUCCUCCAGCACUGGUUCUACAGCAGAAUCGUCAUCAAACUACAACUACGUCGAGUUCGUCUAUAACUUGCCGUUGCCGUCCACACAGUUCGCAGCUGCUGAGCAGAAAGCAUACAUCAAAGCUGUGGCCACAGCGGCUGAGGUCGCAAGCAGUCAGGUAGCUUCCACGGCUCAGACGUACGCCACGGUACAAGCCAAGUUGACUCCGUCAAGAAUAACGCAGGCGAUUGUCAGUGAGGGACUUCCUGCUGGGAAGGUCUUGAGCGGGGGAGCCACGUCAGGAGUGCGCUCGCACCACAAAGAGGCCAGUCAAGGCCUGAGCUUUCUGCUCAUUUCUUCAGUCGUUAGCGUGUUGUUGUUAUCCCUGCACCUGUAA